AUGGCUGGAUUCCUUAUCCCCCCAUGGUAUCAGGAGGUCGUUCCAACUCUGGAUGAUCUCUUGGUCGCAAGCAUUAUCUGGGGGUUCACGCUGGCCUCUGGGCUGUUCGCUGCUGCCAGGGCGGUCCAACAAACCAGGGCAACAUGGAAACGGUCUCGUCGAAUUCAUGCCUAUGCCACCAUGGUAUGGGCGGAAUGGACUGUCUCCACGGUUAUUGGAGUCUUGUCAUGGCUCUUCAUCCGUGGGAUCAUCCGAGCAAGCUUCUGGAUCUAUUUCGCGUUACUGUGCCUCUGGGUAGUUCAGAUCCAGUGUAUAUGUGGAAUCAUCAUCAACCGAAUCGCGCUCUUGAUGAUCGACCCUCGACAGGCUGCCAAACUUAGAUGGACCGUGGCUAUUAUUCUGGGCUUCGUCAAUAUUAGCGUGUUCUGCAUCUGGAUUCCGGCUCGCCUGCAGAUAUCCGACACUUAUAUCCACGUCAACGAGAUCUGGGACCGGAUUGAGAAAGUCAUUUUCCUCCUCGUCGACGCGGCCCUUAACUUUUAUUUCAUCUACUUAGUUCGAACCAGGUUAAUCGCCAACGGUCUGACCAAGUAUAUGCCACUAUUCAAGUUCAACAUAUUCAUGGUCGGAGUGUCCAUGAGCUUGGACAUUCUUCUCAUCGGUAGCAUGUCGAUUCCAAACGGUAUUGUCUACGUCCAAUUCCACCCACUGGUCUACAUCCUCAAGCUUCACAUCGAGAUGAACAUCGCCGACCUCAUCAUCAAGGUCGUCCGGGCGACGAACGACAACAAUGCUUACGCGAGUGGUACAGAAUUGCACUCGAAGCAAAAUAGGGGAGUCUUCCACGAGGGAUACUCAGGAGACCGAGCGGGAGCUAACGGGCAACCAAUCGACCCUUUCACUGUCAACAAAGCCCAUAUCGAGACAUCGUCAGAUGGAUACCAGAAGCGAGUUUCGGGGGGAGGGAUCACAAAGAUUGUCCAGACUAGGGUGACGUCGAGGCGACGCGACGAUGACACUGAUGAAGACGGGAGUUCGCAGUCUUCAACCCGCCACUUGAAGAACGAUGAUCAUCCAUAG